AUGGUCGCAGCUGGCGGCUCUGAGGAGCCUGAACUGGUGUACUCAGCAUUCGGCAAGUAUGAGAGGAUGUUUAUUAUCACCAUGGUCACGCUGGCGGGUUUAGCAUCACCUCUAUCUAGCCAGAUAUAUUAUCCAGCAGUUCCGAUCCUUGCGGAUUAUUAUGGAGUGACGGUAGGCAAAAUCAACCUCACUAUCACCACAUACAUGAUAGUCCAAGGGCUGGCACCGGCUUUCUUAAGCAGCUUCGCUGACUCUGGGGGCCGUCGCCCCGCGUACAUCCUGGCUUUUAUAACCUAUUUCAUGGCCAAUCUUGGGUUGGCACUUCAAGACAACUAUGCUGCCUUACUUGCUCUUCGUUGCCUUCAAAGUGCAGGCAGCAGCGCCACGUUCUCUCUAGGAUAUGGAGUCGCAGCGGAUAUUGCUGCGUCGAGACAAAGGGGCAGAUACAUGGGAUCUAUGAAUGCAGGAUUCAUGACAGCACUUGCUUUCGGUCCUUUCUUGGGUGGCAUCCUAGUCCAGUGGCAGGGGUGGAGAAGCAUCUUUUGGUUUUUGGUAAUUGCGAGCGGCAGUUAUAUGGUUCUUUAUCUGGUUGCCGUGCCAGAAACAUCGCGUCAGUUGGUAGGGAAUGGGACCUUCUGCCCGUCAUCUCCCUUGAGGAUGUCAGGUAUUCAGUGUCUUCAAGCAUGGUGUAAAAGGGCAUCCUCCGUCGACCCAAAUGUGCUGAGACGGCAAGAUAAUUCUACCAACCCACGGCUCCAGACAUACAACCCUAUCCGGGCUUUGGAGGUCUUCCGGAGCAAGAGUGCAGCGAUAGUCAUCUGCCAUCUCGGCUUGAAUUACACCUUCAAUAUCAUGAUGGGAACCAGCACGGCGAAUCUCUUUGGGCGCCUCUACAACCUGGACUCGAUGAAAGUCGGACUAUGUUUCUUACCCGCUGGGAUAUGCGGAUGCAUAGGCUCUUUGUUGACAGGCAUAAUCGCCGAUAGAAACUACCAACGCUUUUCUCAUCGUCUCGGGUACACUUCUGAUAAUCAAGUCCGCACCGGACCACAAAAGUUUCCCUUUGAAAAGGCUCGAUUACAAAUCGUUUUUCCACUUACUGCUGUUGUAAUCACUUGCUUGCUGUUAUAUGGCUGGAUGCUCCAGCGCCGGGUUCCUCUCGCCGUGUUGCUAGUUUUACAAGGGAUCCAGGGUUUCUGCAGCACAGGUUCAAUCAGCGUCUUGAGCACACUAUUAACCGACCUCAAUCCUACUCGACCCGCCACAGCGUCCGCAGCAUCAAAUAUGGUCCGAUGCUGGCUUGGUGCUGGAGCCGUCGCAGCCUUAGAUCACAUGUUCAACGGUAUGGGUUUUGGAUGGUGUUUCUCUUUCAUGGGAUUAUUGCUGCUGGCUUCAGUACCGCUGCUUUGUUUAGUAUACGUCUAUGGAUUGGAGUGGCGAACCGCCUCUUAG